GGGGCGGGCUCCGGGCUAUAAAGGGCGGCGGGGAGGAGCGGGGCGAGCCCGGAGCCGAACCGAGCGGAGCAGGACCGACCCCAGCCGCCAGCGACCCACCAUGGCCACCAGCGAGCCCACGCCGGCGCAGCCCAAGGCAGAGGAGCAGCAGAACAUCGGGACGCGCGUGGCCAACCUGCCCCUGGUGAGCUCAGCUUACGACAUGGUGUCCUCCGCCUACACCUGCACCAAGGAGAGCCACCCCUACGUGCGCUCCGUCUGCGAUGUGGCUGAGAAGGGCGUGAAGACGCUGACGGCGGCAGCGGUGAGCGGGGCCCAGCCCCUCCUCACCCGCCUGGAGCCCCAGAUUUCUUCUGCCAAUGAAUUCGCCUGCAAAGGGCUGGACAAGCUGGAGGAGAAGCUGCCCAUCCUGCAGCAGCCCCCCCAGAAGAUCAUCUCAGACACCAAACUGCUGGUGACCUCCACGGUGACGGGGGCCAGGGAUGUGCUGACCAGCACCGUGGCCGGGGCCAGAGAUGCAGUGUCCAACACCAUGGCCGGAGCCAGGGAUGCAGUGUCCAGCAGGAUGGCCGGAGCCAAAGAUGCAGUGUCCGGCACUGUGGCUGGGGCUAAAGAUGCAGUGUCCAGCACGGUGUCUGGGGCCAGGGAUGCAGUGUCCAGUACAGUGGCCGGAGCCAGGGAUGCAGUGUCCAGCACCGUGACCGGGGCCAAGGACGCGGUGACCAGCCGAGUGACCGGUGUGAUGGACAUGACCAAAGGAGCAGUGCAGGGUGGCGUGGAGAUGACCAGGUCAGCGGUCAGCAGCGGUGUCAGCACCGUGGGCCAGAUGGUGGCCAGCAGGGUGGACUCCAUGCUGGGCAAGUCGGAGGAGCUGGUGGACCAUUACCUGCCCUUGACAGACGGGGAGCUGGCCCAGCUGGCCACGGCCGUGGAGGGCUUUGAGCCGGAGCAGCAGCGGCAGCAGCAGAGCUACUUCGUGCGCCUGGGCUCCCUGUCCAGCAAGGUGCGGCAGCGAGCGCUCCAGCACUCCCUGAGCAAACUGCAGAGCGCCCGCCAGAGCUGCCAGGACCAGCUGGCCCAGCUCCAGCGCACCCUCGACCUGGUGGAGACCCUGAAGCAAGGCGUGGACCAGAAGCUGCAGGGAGGGCAGGAGAAGCUGCAGCAGCUGUGGCUGGAGUGGAGCAAGAAGCAGCCCGAUGGUGGCAAGGACCAGGUGCCACCGGAGGCGGUGGAGUCGGGCACGGUGAGCAUGCUGCAGGGCCUGAGCCAGCAGCUGCAGAGCUCCUGCCAGCCGCUGGUGUGCAGCCUGCAGGGCCUCCCCGCCGCCGUGCAGGACAAGGCGGGGCAGGUCCGGCACAACGUGGAGGGGCUGCGGGCGGCGCUGGGCUCGGUCCGCUCCCUGCAGGACGUGACGGGCCCCGUGCUGGCCCGGGCCCGCGACCACGCCGCCCAAGCCCGGCUGCUGAUGGACGAGCUGGUGGAACAAGUGGCCUUCAACACCCCCCUGACGUGGCUGGUGGGACCCUUCGCCCCCUCGGGCAAGCGCCCGGUGGAGCCGGAGGCGGAGUAGCGAUUCUGGGCUGCUUCCCUCCCCAAAAACCCUCGUUAGGAGUCUUUGCUACUACACACCCCUCACCUUGUGCCUGUCUCUGUGGGGACCCUCCUGCCUGCCCCAGCUCUGUCACUUGUCCCCUUGCUGGGGACCUGCAGUUGUGUGCCUUGGCUGCCCCAAGUGCCUCUUGGAGGUCCCCCGUGUCCUCGGUGCCUUCAGACUCUCACCCUUGUAGGGUCACAAGAGCACAAGAAGCAAUAAACUCUGGUUAGUUUUGCA